CUGUCUCCGUUCUCUUCCUCUUCUCCCUCUCUCUCUCUCUCUCUCUCUCUCUCUCUCCCAGUCUCUGUUCUCUCAUCCCAACUCUGUCUUACUCCUUCCAUUUCUCUUCUUGUUCAUAUCACCAAAGCAUUCCCCACAUUGCCGAACCACGGAGCAAGAAGAAGCAGAGGAUUAAGGAGGCGCCGUACCAUUUUUAGUGACGAACAGAGACGAUCAAACCCAAUAGGACUCCGCCGCCGGCGAGCUUCUCUCAGGUAUAACAUACAACUUUCUGGCUUGAUUUCUUACGUGGGUUUGAACUAAUUAGUCUUGGGGAUGUUAAUUCGACUCAUGUCGAUUGAUUGAAAUUAAUCGAAAUGUUGAUCGAAUGGUUUUUAUCAAUACUACUGGGCUAGACUCUGUUUCUUUAGAGUAAAAAAACAGGGGUUUUCAGUUUUCACGGCUAAACAAUUUUUGCUCGGGACCGUCACAAUAUCUGUCCGCCGUCACUAAAGGAUAUAGGUCGAAACAAAAUGACUUUGCAUCAAAAGAAAUUUUAGUUAUACGAUUACCAACGAUUCCAUAUUUUGUAGUUUUAAUUUAGUGCUUAGGAUUCUGAGAUUUGUUGGUAUUAGGCAGCCAGCUUUGCUUGCAGCAUAGCAUCAAAUACCACUAUCUCUACGUUGCUUGAUGGCUCUAAUAUAAUUCCUUGUGGAUUAGUUCCAAUAUUGAGAUUUGAGAAAGAAAGGAAAUGACCGUUUCUCCAUCCACAACGGGUCUUCGAUUUUCAUGGGUUAUUUUUAAUUAGGGUUUGGUUCUUGUUUAGUUACAAAUUUUCAUAUGAUAAUAAUAACAACCACCUACUUUGACGACAACGUGAUUUCCAUUACUAAUUGAGCAAAUCAAAGGACUGUUUUUCUUUCUUGAUUUUUUUAUUAUAGGGAAUUGAUGAGAAACAAUCCAUUUCUCUCCAAAUUAAUUUUUAAUUAUUGUUGAUGAUAAAAUUAGAAGACCUUGUGCCAGUUUUGAGAUGAUAAUAUCAGCUACUCGCUUAUUAAUAUGAUAUCAAACCAUAUGAAAUCGUCAAUAAUUUGAAGAAAAAAUAACAAUUAGACUCAUUAUUUUAUUUUGUAUACUAAAAAUAUUCCUAAGAUUAGUAAGGUUAAUAUUCUUAAAACAAGCAUCGUAAUUAGUUUUUAAUAAUAUUAACUCCCAACCUAAAAGUUACAAAAAUCCCAUUUCUUAUCAUGAUUCCAGUUGGCCAAUAUACCAAAAAAAUUCACUAUUACACGCAAAAGACACUUUCUACUGUUUUUCUUACUUUUAAUUAAUCAUUUCUUAAUCCUCAUUUCAAUUCUUUACCAGACUUCACUCCUUUUCCCCUUCUCCUUUCCUCUCUCCGUCGCCGACCAACAAUGGAGGACGCCGAGGGAGCUCCGCCGCGAUGCUCAACUUCCACCGAGGAGACACGCACCACCUCCCGCACCACAAGCUGCUCCACCCAGACCACCACCACGACCGUCACGACGGAUCCCGGCUCUCCGACGACCAAGCUCCUCAAAGCCGCCCUCCCGGCGCGGCCGGGAACCUACGUCAUCCAGAUCCCCAAGGACACCAUCUACAAGAUCCCGCCGCCGGAGAACGCCAAGCGAUUCGAGCAGCUGACAAAUAAAAACCCCGGCGGCGGCCGCAGCCGCCGAUGCUGUGGCGGCGGCGCCCGCCUCUGGCUCUGGGCGUCAAUUUCCUUCUUCGCCGCCUUCCUAUUCCUCAUCGCCACCGGCGUCGGAGUCUUCUACCUCGUCGUCCGGCCGGAAUCCCCUCGAUUCGUGAUCCAAUCGGCGUCGAUCGAGGGGUUUAACUCAUCUGGACCGAUCUCCCCAAGAUUUGAGCUCGCCGUCGCGGCUCACAAUCGGAACAAGAAGAUGGGCGUGCUUUACCGGCCGGGUAGCUCCGCCGCCGUGUACUACAACGGCAUCGAGCUGGCGGCCGGCUCGAUCCCGGCUUUCGAACAGGGGAAGGACGAGCUGACGAGUUUUAAGACGGCGUUAAAAGGGGAGGGGAUCGUGCUGACGAGCGCCGUCAGGAGGUCAUUGAGUGACGGCGAGAACAGAGGCGCCGUGCCGUUUCGGCUGACGGCGACGGCGCUGGUGAAGUUUAGAUUAGGGGCCGUGAAGUCGUGGACGGUUAUCGCGAACGUUGACUGUGAGUUGACGGUGGAUAUGUUAACGGCGAACGCGAAGAUCGUCUCACAGAAAUGUGAUUCCAGCGCCAAAAUCUGGUAGACGUUACCAAACGAGAAAAAAAAAAGAGGAAAAAGAGGGUUUGGUUGUAGAAAAUUAGACAUAAAAUUAAUUUAGGAGGAUGGGUUUAAUUGAUUAAUUUUCCUCUCUCAUUCUCCAUUUUUUCCCCCCUUAAUACAUAUUCUUUAUUUUUGUUUAUUUUCUUUUACUUUUGGUCUUUGUUUUUGUGAGUAGGAAGUGAAAAAUUCAAAUAUUGAAAUGUAAUCCCGGAGUUAAGUUUUGUUUCUGGAUUGAUUACAACAAGAUGAGAUGUGUACAAUUGAUGAUGUAAUUGUAAAUGAUACGUUUUGGAUGUCGAGUAUUGCAAAGUUUUUAUUUUCCCGUCAUUUUAUGAUGUUUAACUGGUGGUCUCUAUCUAUUUUGAUGUUGAGUAAUUGUUUUUGCAUAAGUACUAGUUUCCAUGUUUUGGCCACGCGAGCUCGAAUAUUCUCAUUAUCAGAAGACAAGAUGCCAACCGGUGUAUAAACUUUUAUGUUUUUA